UUUCUCUCUUUCUCAAACCUCUCUUAUGAAAUCGCAUGCGAAAACCUCGCAGCUACUCUGAGCCUUAAAACCCCUUCUAAAACCCCUUCCAUUUCGAAAUGAUUCUCUUUAGAACUUCACCGUUUUCUAGCCAAAUCAAACUUCUCUUCAAAAACCAGAACUCUCUUUACAAGCACUUCCCUCCUUCAUCGUCCUUAAUAAUCAGAACCCUUAAUUCAUCUCUCCAGGAACCAACCAAGAAGCCACUUUCUCUGAUGUUUGAAGAAGCAGUUGGUUUAACCGAAAAGACUGGUGGAAACGAAGGGCAGAGCCAAGACGAAAAGAAUGAGCGAACGAGAAAAGUAAGGGAAUUGGAGAGAGAUGUUCGGGAGUUCAAAGAAAACCCAAAGCCCCAAGUGGAAAAGGAAGCCAGAGAGGGAGUAGAGAGGGGGAAACCCAAGGAAGUUAACUGUUUGGCUGGGUUGUUUGGGGGUGAAAAGAUGGCGAAAUCGAGGAGAAAAUCUGGGGAGGUCACGGUUUUGAAGGAUCUUUCGGUGUUCGUUAAGGUUUUCGUUAGGUAUUUGUAUUCAAAAGGGUAUUUUGACAAAGCUAAUUUCUUGGUGGACAACAAGUUGGAUUUUGGUUACUUUGAUAAUAGUUAUGGCAGAGAUUUCAUCAAGUCUGCUGCUUACAAGUUUGGUAAAGAUAAUGAAGAGAUUGCAAAGUUGUUGUCAGGCAAUCACUUGAAGAAAGUGGCGGUCUUUGGUUGCCCUUCCCUUGAUAAAAAUAACGUCUUUCCUGCUAAGAGGUUGCGAAAAAUCUUUACAAUUCAAGAAGACACUGUUUGCAGUCAAUGCAUAUUAAAGGAUUCAUGCAGGUUUGCUAAUAAGGGUGUGUCGGGAAUUGCUAUGGAGAGCUUGCUUCUAGUCGAUGUAAUGAAGGUUAUAAUUUUGUAUGCUUUAGAGCAAGAGCAUCCAAAGCUCGCAGUUCCUGAAGAAGUACGUGAUUCAGCCAACAAAUUGCUGGAGGAGGUUGUAAAGCUAAGCCAAACCACAUGACAGGGCUUCUAAAAUGUUCCUACAGGUACUUGGGGUGAACUCAGCUGUAACUUCUUCACUUUCAUUUUGGCUGUUUACAUCGAUUUGUUUUAGAUCACGUGUUACAUAUUAUGGAUAUGAUUGUGAUUUGCGAGGAAUGUCGGUAAAGAUUUUUUGGUGGCAUAGAUGAUCUCAUCAGUAGACAAGCAUAUGAUCCAGCAAAACAAAUGAAUUGAACCAUAUGCAUGUAUCAGCAAAACAAAUUUGAUUCAGGGUCCGUUUGCUGCUUACAGUACACCAAGUGACCAGUUAGAGGCAUAGCUUUUUUCAUUGACUGAACUUGUUUAUAUUUUCUAGUUUAUGGGAUUCUCUUAUGGAAUUUAAUGACGG